AGGAACCAGAGAACUGGAAGCACAUUAAUUGUUCGACAGAGCGGCAGCGAUCUCUCAGCAAAUGAAGCGAAACAUGAAAAUUGUUCUCACACCACGAGCCACAUCCAAAUGUCAUCAGGAAAUCUUCUCGUUGUUCGGAAAGAUAAAGUGAAUUCAAACGAUCAAUUCGCGGUAAAUAAUUCCUGGAUAAUCUUAGUACGUGCGAGGGAAGUGAAGUCGCGUUUGCAUCUCAAUGGCUUCAUUACAGAUCGUAUCAUCUAUCGACCGGAUUUUAUGCACGACACCAGUUCAGUGAUAAGAAAGCGAUCAAGCAACCUGGUUUUACAAGUUGCACAUCCAGCUAAGGAGGGCAUGCUGUUGAAGCUUGACUUUCGAGACGAGUUCAAGCUCGAGGAGAGCCCCGACUGCCGUUACGAUUUCCUUGAGGUACGUGACGGUCAGCACGGCUACUCCAAUCUCCUUGGUAACUUCUGUGGCACAAAUUUCCCCCCCGAGAUCACGUCGAAGACGAGAUAUCUCUGGUUGCGAUUCCACAGUGACGAUAGCAUCGAGGGCAAGGGCUUCAAGGCCGUCUGGAAUAUGAUACCAAGACCAACCUAUCCGGGAGUACCACCAGAACCAGAGCCAUGCGUAAGAUACGUGAAUGGCGUGCAGGCAAUUAUUAGCAGCGACGACGUGCAAGACAGGAAGACCCUUGCCGAGAAGGAAGGUAUUCCUUUGGACUGCAUGUGGAACAUCACCGUUAAGGAAGGAUGGAAAAUUCAGCUGACGUUCUCGGAUCCUUUCAAACUGCAACGACCAAACGAGUGCGACGCCAACUUCGUGGACAUAUUCAAAGAACGCACUGACAUGUCCUCGAGAGAGAAGAAUUUCUGCGGCAGCAUCGCCGACACCGUUCUCGUGGGGACCAAUACCGCCUUUGUCAGGUUUUACGCAGAGCCCAAAGCGUUGAACAGCAGCUUUGAGGCCGUCAUGACAGCGCUCAGAGACAGAGAUCCGGGAGACAAACCUUGCCUCGAUAGUGAAUUUUACUGCGAGGACGCAACGUGCAUCGCCGCUGAAUUGCAAUGUAACGGGAGGGUCAAUUGUCGUUUCCGUUGGGACGAAGAAGAUCAAUCAUGUAACAAAAAAAAAUCUCGGUUGAUUGACUCACAGCAUAUCGUUAUAAUUCUCAUCGUUUUCUCGCUGAUCAUGUUUGGCAUGAGUUUCGCCUUCGUUUUCAACUGCGUGAGGAAGCUGAUUCGAGAUCAUCGAAUCAUUCGGGAACACAUUAGACAAUCCAGAGAAAAUCGAUUAGAUGAACUUGGUCGUAAGACAACACCCUGUCCAAUCACAUCUUCCAGAACGGACAUCAGGGAUCGAGGGAGCGACUCGCCGAGUCUGGAAGUGAUCCCCAGUAAAGAACUUCUACCACCCACAACCUUAAUAGCACAGGACUAUACGAAAGAUCUCGUAUUAGAGAUGGCUUACAAUACAAGAGACAUGAACGACAUUCACCAAAGUAACAAUGUUAGUAAUGCCACCCAGGAACGUCUACAGGAAUCCAGUGAGGAGCCUGAAAUGCGCGACAAUUCUUGUCAAACACGAGAAAGCCUUUUUGAGCCUCGAAUCCCGGACAAUGUAAUGCCCAUGGGGUUCACGACGUUUGGUGUUCGUGCUCCGGGCUCUCAAAACGGGACCAAUCAUCUUCAUCAUCAUCGUCAUCAGUACCUUCAUCAUCAAAGUCCGCCACAAUCGCGCCAAAGCUCUCAGCCUUCGCAGCACAGCGUGCAGCAGUCUUCCGAGCAUGGCUCUCAGCAGCCAAGCUCUCAAUGUUCUGGUUGUAGUCCAGCAUCGAGGGAUCGAGACGGCAGUAUGGGUGUUUGUCCAAAACACAACCCAAUUCCAGCCCCGCCCGGUUGGUCGACUCGUGAAUCAAGCUAUCCGUUACCUUCGCGUCAAGGUUCUCCUUACCAAGAACCUCCGGAUUAUCCGUCGUAUCAAAGGUUUCAAAGCCCAAAGCCAAACAGAGAAAACAGUGUCUAUCGUCAAUCGCCGAAAUUAUUGAGGCAAGGUACAACUGGCUCCGGCGAGAGGUACGGCAGUUCUGUGUAUGGAUCUGGACACGGAUCGAGCAACGUAUCGAGCAAUCAACACUCUAGCACGCCGAAGUGUCCUCAGCAAACGACAUCUGACCCCAGGUACAGAGCAGAAGCGGUGAUAGAAAUAGAUCAGAGGCGACCAUUCAGUAUAGAGAGCACAAAGAGCGCACCGGACGUAAUCGCAACGCACUGA